AUACAAUGUACUUGAUACAAUACAUCACCCAACCCCGUACUCUAAACCUGUCUGUGUACUAAGAAACAAAUAAAAAACAUCCUGAAGUUCGUGUAAUGGUCGCCAGGGGACACCACCACACCUGCUGCUGACAGACAGCAAAGACCUGCUAAGGUUCAGGAGAAGUGGUGUCGGGGACACAUACUGUGUUAGUUUAUUUUGGUUAGUCAUUAAUUAGGUAGCCAAGAGGCCAUGCUAUGUGUCUGUAUCAUCAUUGCUCAGGUCAAGCUAACGGUAUACAAGUAUAACCUAAGGCAUGAAUUAAUAACGACAUACAUGUAUAUAUCUACGACUCGGUCCCCUACAGCGAACACAACAGGUGGUUUAUAAGUGGCUGUAUUGUGCAAUUACGCGGUGACUCUUAUAUGCAAUAUAAAACCACUCGUAUAUUCCCAGCUUCUGUAUUGACAUGCCUCAGAUACUGAGAUGAUGACCAUGCCGUCCAGUACUGUGGCUGGACGGGUAUACCGCUCUACCGGUCAAGGUCUUACCGUCACCAUAGUAACUAAUGUUUGACGGCCAUUCUAAUGAGCGAUCAUCAAAUAUCAACAAAUGAACGGUGUGUGCAUGAGCGGUGGGCGUUGUCCUGCGUGCUAAAGUUCGCGGUAAGGGAGCGUGACCGGCCGUCCAUUCAUGGCGCUGACAUAUGGUCCGAACAGGCAGGCGGAUUAUGCUAGUUUUGGCGCUAACGGGGGCGUUUAAACCUUACGAGACGAACUUCAGUGUUUGUUGAGAGUACAAGGUGGCAAAUUCCGUCGUCGAAGGGAGUCUGAGACGUUUUAUGUGGACGAGCCAGCCGUGUUUUUAUGAGACAUAGCUCGGGAGGAUUGUGUGUGCUUUGGCAACAGACUGGCCUCUGUAGCGGAUCGCUGUGAGAAAACUGAAUGAACGCGAAUCAAUAAGGCAGCAGCAUACGUGUGUCAGAGUGUUCUGUAAGACUCAUCUCUAAGUCUAACGAUGGCUGUACGACUGGACGCUGCCAGGCUGACCAGGGCGGACGAUGUCUUCACCGAACAUCAGCUCCAGUAUAUUUUCGGGGUCAAGGCUCCUGCGAGUAGCGGGAGAAACGCCCUCGGACUACGGCGGACGUCGGGAGGACCGCCCCACGUUGUCAUGUCGAACGGCCCGGUCAGUCCAGCGGGAGGGCCAGUUAGAAAGAUCAGCUCGAGAGUCUGGCCUCCACCGGCAGAAAACCCGGAGCCUGAGAAGGCUUCGACGACGCCGAGACCCAAGCCACUGAGAAAGGAGUCGUUCCCACAGUUUGAAGCGGAACAGAGUAACGAUAGUGUUUCCUCGCCGAAGGCAAGGUCAUCCCCAAACACGCCGGGUCAGUCGUCACCUCAGCCGGAACCGCCCCGGACUCCUGUCUUCAUCUCGUCACCUGUGUCGGACCCACCGCGCGUUCCUCUCAUCAUCUCCUCCCCGCUGUCUGAUCCACCUCCGCGCCCGCCUUCCACCGAGCCGCCGCACAGCCCGGAGGUCCCCUCAUCCCCUCAGUCCUCACCUCGCAGCCCGCUCAUCAUCUCUUCCCCCAUCUCCGAGCCGGCGAGAAGCCCUCUCAUCAUCUCCUCUCCAAAGUCUGAUCCAGCCCGAAGCUGGCCUCCCUCCCAGCCGACCACCCCGGUAGUUCUGACGUCGCCUCAGUCGGAGCCGAGAACCCCGGUCAUCGUCACCGCUCAGACGGCGGAAUCCCCGCGAAGCCCGCUCGUCAUCUCGUACCCGCUACCCAAGUCCCCUGUAAGCCCUCUUGUCAUCUCGUCCCCACAGUCACAGCUGCCCGUCAUCAUCUCGAAGACGGAUCCCCCACCCCCACAGAAGGACCCCCCACCCCCAGGUGAGCAGGCGGCCUCCCCCACCCCCAGCCCCGACAACACUCUCACCAAACGGAACUCUGUCAUCCUCAUGCGGGGAGGGGAGACGGAAGAGACCAAGGGACCUUCCCUGAAGGAACGGAUAAGUGCUCUGUACGGAGCGCCUUAGCUUUUUGUCUAAACACUUGCCACUAGAAAUUGCUAUAUGUACAUUUUUGCUGUAAGGCCACAUACUCUGCCAUUUCGUUA